GGACACCGCGGCAUUGUGGAUUCGCUAUGUCUUCACCUCCACCAGGAAUGUUCUCUUGAGUGGUGUUUACAUCUUCGAAGUUCUUCUGGAUGAUGGUAUACUACAUUGUUACCGUCAUUGGUCUUCUGGUCUUUGAGGUCGUCCUGAAGCUUGCCAUGGUAACUCGCGUGCUCCCUUUCAUUCUUCAGGGCAUCAUGCAGCACUAUGGCCAGGGUCUCUCAGCGGUCAAUUUGGCGAAUCCCGGUAUGUUUGAGUAUAGUCCGUCGAAGCGAGUCACGAAGGCUAUGGUGAACGGCAAGGAACGUUUCAGUCUCGACAUUGCCGAAUUCUUGUUGUUGAUCUCAGCGGUUGUCUAUGAGAGAAACGACGACGAUAUCAAGUUUGCCUAUGACUUGUACAAAGAUCACCGCCGUCAUCCCAAUUAUGGCGGCACAGACGACGAGGUCAGUGAGGAGAUUCACGGCUAUAUGGACGCUUCACUUGAUGCUAUCAAGAGACUCUCAAGUGGGUGGGGUAUGAAAUUCGACCACAUCAGUGAGUUGAACAUCGUCGGAGCACCGUUUGCCUCACUGUGGUGGAAUGAGAAGGAGAAGUUCAUCGUUGUGGCGUUCAAGGGCACCACCCCCUGGGAUUAUACGGAAUGGAUCACGGAUGCGACCUAUCAGAAGAAAGAAGUUGAAUCGAAUUUCUUCCCUCCUGAUCCCAUCGACGUUGAACGCGAUAUGAAUGGCAAAGACAGGAAGGGUCGAUCCGAUGUUCACGCUGGGUUUUAUGACGCUCUUUUCCCACACAAAUACGGUGAUACUCCCAAAAACUCUCCCUACGGCUGUAUCAUCGAUGCCGUCAAGGAGAAAAUCAAGGAGCUGACAAGGGAAGGAGACGGUGACAUUCCCGUCUGGGUCACCGGGCACUCGCUUGGUGCUGGAUACGCAUCCCUCUUCUACGCCUCCCUCAAAUCUUGUCUCGCCUACAACCACAAUCCUCUCGAAACGAACGACCCUGAUAAAAUCCUCCUCGGAUCUAAAGCCAACCUGAUGGACGCGUAUGUAUUUGGCUGCCCUGCUGUGGGUGACCUUGAUUUUGCCAGGCAGUUCGACGAAGCGUGUAGGAAGUGUAUGACGGCUGACGACGGCCGCAAUCUCGGGCAGUUCUAUCGCGUCGUCAAUGACCUCGACCCUGUUACACGCGUCCCGUUCUCUUGGUUCAACGUUUUGGAGUUCACCACGAAGGGCAAGCCGAACGUGGGGCAAUACCCGAAGAUGUAUCGUUAUAGAGGAAUAUCGUUACGCAAGGGCGGAUCCGGCAUCAAGUAUUGCUUAGGCAUGUGUAGCUAAAUUUUAAUGUAGUAUAUUUCGACCAUAUCGUUCGACUUCACCAGCCACAGACUACCAACCGCAAUA